CGCAGUAUAGAGUAUAGCGCAUACUAAAUAUUGCAAUAUAUCAACAUGUCCACCCGCCGCGGUGUAGGCCUCGGUGCCUUUACAAAUCGCACCCAAACCACCCAGUCCUACGCCACCCACGGCGCCAACCUCCGCUCCACGCAUGCCUCAUCCCUCCAAACCCAGCUCUCCGUCUUCCAAUCCGUCCUGCACAGCUUCGCCCUAGAACACAGCUCAACCAUCCGAUCAAACCCCACAUUCCGCGCUGAAUUUGCGCGCAUGUGCAAUGCGAUCGGGGUCGACCCUCUGGCAGCCAGUAACGUGAAAGGGAAAAAUGGACGGAGGGGAUUGGGUGAGGGGGGUAGUUUCUGGACGCAGAUUAUGGGCGGGGAUAUGAAUGAUUUUUAUUUCGAGGUUGCGGUGAGAGUUGUAGAGCUUUGUCGGGAGACGAGGAGUGAGAAUGGGGGGUUGAUUGGGGUUGAGGAAUGUCGGAGGAGAGUGGGGAAGGGGAGGGCGAUUGGGAGUGGACUUGAGGUUACGGAGGACGACAUACUCCGUGCUGUAAAAUCCCUUGAGCCCCUCGGCUCCGGUUUCUCCAUCAUCUCCGUUGGCAGCAAGCAGUACAUUCGGUCGGUUCCCAAAGAGCUCAACACGGAUCAGGCCACCGUUCUUGAAGCCAUCCAAGUUUUAGGCUUCGUCAGUGUCUCCAUGUUACAAUUGAAUCUGAACUGGGAGAGGGCAAGAGCGCAGACUGUCGUCGAUGAUCUUCUGGCGGAUGGCCUGGUUUGGUUAGAUGCACAGAGCGAGGAAAACGAAUACUGGUCGCCGCAGAAUCUGUUAGAUGACAGUGGGUGAAUGUGUGCUAUUUCCUUCAACAAACAUUUGUAGUCGAUUCCUCCCCAUUCCCAGCCCAUCACGGCCCUGAUAGACAGGAUCUCUACCUGUCAAACCUCAAUUUCCUUCUCCACUUCAAGGAGCCCGAAAAACCGCACCAGGCAUCAUGCCCAGCGUCUUAGACAGACCAGGUUAUAUACAGACCGCGAUACCCGUGUACUUAGCUUUUAUGCAUAUUCUCCUAGCGCCAAAUGGGAACCGUUUUCUC